AUGUUGUUUUCAGAGACACCCACGGAUUUCAACAGCAACACAGAGAACGAUUUGCAGUGCCAGCAGUCCUCGCAAUCACAAUUUACCCCUCAUCACAGUCACAAUGAUCGCAUAUCAUCUUCUUCUGUCACCCACAAAGAUAUGCCGCAUCGAUAUCAGCCACAACCAGUACCACAUCAACUACCCAACACAAACAACUGCUCGUCUUCGUCAACUACCCACGCAUCACCAUCAACAUCAUCAGCAUCGUCUUCUUCUUCGUCUUUAUUCUCAACAGAGAACAACAACUUUUCUGAUCCACGUCCACAUGGGAAUAGACUACUAUUCACUGGCAACGAAGACAAUGAAACCCGCAACAGCACCAGCAACAGCAACAGCAACAGCAACAAUGUAAAUGCCAAUGACAAUGAUACAGAGGAUAACUACCAUUUUCAACAACGCUCAUAUUCACCACCAACUCCAUGUCCAUCCAUAUGGAGUAGCUUUGAUGCAAAGUAUGUACCUGACAGUCAUGAAUUGUUGCAACUACUAGAACCUAAUCCCGUUCCUCCUCCUUCCUAUGAUAGUUUACCACCCGGUGGAUGUCCAAGAUUUCCUGUGCUUCAACCUUUAUCCUCGUUUGAAGAAGCUAUAUACACAGAUCUACAUUCCGCUUCUAAAAAGUCAAAUACAUUUAUCUCAGAUCCACAAGAGCACACCGAUGAUGGUCCCUUGAACACACCUGAAGUUAGCGAAACAGUCCCACCACCGUACUCGCCAUCCAUAUACAAAAUCGGUAUCGUUUCAAGAAAAGUUGAAUGGGUCAACCCUUAUGAAAUGUCCACCAAUCGAAGCUGGAAGUAUCUCAUUUGUGAGUUGAACUCAACGCAACUAAAUUUCUAUAAUAUACCACCGGGUUACGAAGACAAGAUUUUGGACUUUGUUUCCAAGGAUAAUAAAGAUUCAUUGAAUCGGAUGUGCCCCAAUCGCACGGCAUUCAAUAACUCCAUACUCACCAAUGACUAUGAUCACCACCUUUACGAUUUUGUCAAAAACCAUGGACUACUAGAGGAUUUAUGUACUGGAUCAAAGAAGAAGGGGUUGGUGAGAACAUAUUCAUUACAAUAUGCAAGAGUAGGAUUAGCCACUGAUUAUCAAAAAAGAGUCAAUGUUUUGAGAUUAAGGAUCGAAAGCGAGCAAAUUUUGUUACAUUUUGAAUGCACCCAAGACUUGAUUGAUUGGAAUACGCUGCUUUCAGUGGGCAAGGAUAUUGCUAUUGAUAUAAAUGAGAGAGAACUGCCCAAAUAUAGAACAGUACCGAGGAGACGAAGGAGAGGAGGGAACAGAAGAAACAGUAACAGGACCGGAAACACUCAACCCAGUUCAAGUUCGUCAUCUGCUACCAACUUUUCUCGCUAUAAUCUGACAUAUGACCAAUUGACAAGCACUAGAAAUAUGAUCAAGUCAGCAUCUGACGCAAACAAAAUUAAAGAUAGAUUUAACAAACUAAGGUCCAAAUUUUCGUCAUCUAGAUUGAGAAGCAGCUCGUAUCCAUCCCCAUCGCCAUCGCCAUCGCCACUUGAUGGUACUUCUGUAUCUGACACAUACCAUCAACCAAGAUUGAGAUCCAAUACCAAUUUCCCGGUUCGGAGCAGCAACAAUAUGGUGGAUUGCUCCUAUGUAUCACAACAAGGUGGUAGUGGAGGAUACUCCUCAUCAAUAACCACUGGCCGGAACCAACAUCAACCUAGCUAUAGUAGUUCAUACGCCAACAGUUUUGAAGACGAUGGGGAUGACGUGGAAGAUUAUGACGAAGAGUUCAAUGAAGUUUUGAGAAGAUCGAGACACGAGAUGCUGGCGCUGGCGUCAACUCCACAGGGUGUUGACGACGAUCAGGAGGAUAUUCAAAGUAUGUCCGAUUUGAGGUUAGACGAGGACGAGGAAGACGGUUCUGGAGAAGGUGAAGAAGAUCACGUUGAGGAAGAAGAAGAAGGAUACAGGGAAGACACGGAUGGAGGAUUUGUGUCUAUGGCCAGAAGCCGUGGUGUGUUUCCAAUUGGCGCAGCUGAGCGUAAAGUGGUCUCGCAUAUGUCCAGAGGAAACGCUGAUGAUCACAAGUGGGAUCCUCGUCCAAACGAGGCUUACAGUAAACGCAGAUACUAUCGUAACUGUUUGCGCUGUAUUAAACCCCUCACAAUGGAAGAAUCAUGGGUGUACAAACCGUUGGUUAAACCUACCCCGUUUUCGCCGUUGAAUGUGGCUUACCUAAAAGCGGUCAAGUAUGCAGGACCCAAUGGUGAAGUUAUGGCAUCAGCUUCGGUGUCAGUUCCAAAUUCCAGUGUCUCUUCGUCAAGUGCUAGUUUUACUUCAGUGUACAGGAAAAAUGCGUAUAGUGGCGGGAGUGCAUCUUCGUCACUAAUGUUACCUGAUACUGCAUUGACUAAAUUGCCUAAUCAUUUUUUAAAAGAGUUCAGUGUUGGUCCACAUGGCUUGGUUCCAAGGGAGAUUAUAUAG